AUGGUGGCAAGUCCGCCAACGAAGCGCCGCCGUAUGCGCAGUGCUGCACAAAAGCCGCAGCGGAUAGAGCACAAAACACAUGCUUUUUCUGUAACAUGCAUGCCACCGCAUUCAUUUCGUACGGCCCAGCCAGCGCGUGGCCGCAUCGACGCUAUCCAGACACGACGGCGAAUCCUCUCGUACGCAAUCGACCACACCGGCUUCCCCUACCUGCACGAAGUCAAAGGACACCGCUCGUGCAUCAAUGCACUGUCAUUUUCGCGUGGCGCUGGGCAAUGGCUUGCGAGUGGCGGCGACGAUAUGCGUAUCCAUAUACGAGACAUGUUUGAUUUUAAUACGGAGCGGUGUACUGCGCCCGAAUCGAGCAGCUACCACACACUUGGCCGCCUGCUGGGCCACACGUCGAAUAUAUUCUCUCUGUCAUGGAGUGCAGGAAACCGGUACUUGUACUCUGGCGGAAAUGACCAGCAGGUGCUGUGUUACGAUUUAAAUUACAGUGCGGCGCCGAGCUAUACUGUGCGCCACCCGCAUCGCCGAUUUUCCGAUAUGGUCAUGUCUGAGCACGAGGCAGGCAUUCGCGAGGUGUCUGCACACCCAACAAACCCACACUUGCUGCUCAGCUCUAGCGAUUGUGGCGAACUGUUUUUGUUAGAUAUGCGGAUUCCCAAUACCCACGUCGCUGGAUACAGUUUCUUUCCCGCGCAAUUGGCCUCCGCACAGUUCAAUCCGAACGAGAAUGAUGGACACACUUUUGCGGUGUCUACCGUGUGUGAGCCAAACGCUGGCGUAGCCUUAUUCGAUACCCGCAACAUUUUUCGUGGCCGUGAGGCGCACGUUGACUUGGAUCACGCACUUGUUCGAUAUGUAUCGGCCAUGUGCAUGAAAUGCACUGUAGAUGAGCACGCCUCUCGCCGUAUGGAGACAACUGGCGCACAGUUUGACCCUAGCGGGAAGUUUAUUAUGGCUGACGUGUCGCUCUACCAUCCUGUGCUAUACGCUGUCGGCCGCCGUGAACCUCUGGCGACAUUGUCCUCAAUGGAUUGGCACCCGCAUUUGAAUCCAUGUGUGGCAGAUAGUGCCAAGUUGCCGUGCGAUCGUUUCGCAGGCUACCGAAAUUCGUGCACAGUCAAGCGCGGCUCUUUUGGCUUUGAGUCGCAAACUGGUUGCAUGUAUUAUGCAUCUGGCUCCGACGAUUUCCGUGCGUAUGGAUGGAAGAUUCCGCCGCUGGAUACGCUGAUUUCGGGGCAUGCAUCGAUGCUUGAGAGCGAAUGGAAGGCAGACGCAGACACAGGCUUAGAUCAUGUCUGGUUUCGUGCAGAGAGCGAGGACAGCGUCGUGAUGGAACGGCCGGUGAGCCUCAGUACACCUGCAUUUACACUGGAGGGGUCGCAGUCCAUUGUGAACAGCGCCAUGUGCCAUCCAACGCUUCCAAUGAUUGCUACUGCUGGUAUUGAGCGGCUUGUCCGCCUGCAUUACGCAGUCCCAACCUCUCUUGAACAUACAUCACCAAACUGGAUGGAUACAAAGCCCAAGACGCGUGCGCGCGUACGAAAGAUGAACACACUCGCUGUAUACCGUGCUAUCCGGCGCAGCCAGCAAGGAUUUAGUUCUGACGAUUCGGAAGACGACACUCCACAAGAUUCGCAAGCAGAAGAAGAGCACGAAGAGCGCGAUGCUCCCGACCAAUCUGUGCGCCAAAACGAAAUGACGUCUGCUGCGCUCGCAGACGAAGAGGCGAUCGCACUAUUCGACGAGCUGCUACGUGAAGAGGAAACGCGCACUCUAUUUAGACCCGACUACCCCUACCUUCGUGACGCUGACUCGGACGAAGAGCUUGGGCCUGCACCCGACUCUGGGUCGGAUAGCAUCGCUACCCCAAGCACCUCCACAUUCAGUGCUUCCGAUGUAGAUACGUAG